AUGGCAGCAGUGAAGAAGGCAUUGCUAAAGGUGGACUUUGUGUCGGACAUCUCAUGUCCAUGGUGUGUGGUCGGCCUCAAGUCACUCGAGCAAGCACUUGCGCGUCUUCCCAACAUCAACGUGGACCUGCACUUUGAGCCGUUCGAGAUCAACCCGACCAUGGCCAAGGAAGGCGAAGAGAUUAACGAGCAUUUGGCGCGCAAGUACGGAAGUUCGCCGACCCAGCUCGUGCAGAAUCGCGAGCGCAUCCGCGUCCGUGGCGAAGAACUGGGCUUUACGUUCACGCUGAGCGCCGGCGGACGGAUUUACAACACGUUCGAUGCACAUCGCCUCAUCCACUGGGCAGGCACGAAGGGCCCCGAGGCCCAACACAAGCUCAAGAUGGGACUCUUCACCGAAUACUUUACCCACGGAAAAGACCCUAGCGCCGAGUCCGUCCUCGUCGACGCCGCCGCUGCCGCGGGCUUGGACAGCGAGGAAGCGCGGUCGGUGCUCACGAGCGGCCAGUUUGCCACCGACGUCAAGAAAGCGGAGGCCAAGUGGCGGUCCAUGAACAUCUCUGGCGUCCCCGCUGUGAUCAUAAACAACAAGCACUUGAUUUCAGGUGGACAGCCAUCCGAGGUAUUCGAGCAAGCGCUGCGUGAUAUUGCCGCCGAAGAUUAACCUACUAGUUACGUUACGAAUUCCUGUACAUCUUAACUGACCUGUGGUAUCAGCAAACAUACUUCACGUGUAUAGUACUACUAGUAGUUCGAAAGGGAAACAGUGUUACUACUACUAGUAUAGCUAGCGCUGUUAGUGUCAAUAAUAUAUAUACACAUGUGUGC